UACACCUGAUCAGAUCGAAUUCCAAGUGCACGCUCACUGAUUUACGUCAAAGAGUGCGUAUUUUUCUCCAUAAAUCCUUUGUUUUAUGGUAUAUUGAGAAAAAAAGAUACAACCAUGGCCUCCUUUGUGCCUUCGAUGAGUUCCUUCAAGAAACAAGGCCCUGCAGCGGACAGAGAAAAACUGGAAAAAGAUCAAGCAGAAGCAAUUGCUAAAGCUGUCAACCCUGUGGAGACCUCUGUCAAGGAAAAACACAUAAGAAGUGCCAUUAUAGGGACAUGGCAGGAACAUGGUGCAAAUAUUUUUUGGACUUGUCUUGGCAAAAUGCCAUUACCAUCACAGGUUUUCAUGUGUUGGAAAGCCAUGUUUCUUAUCCACAAGCUUUUAAGAGAGGGUCACCCUAAGGCAUUAGAAGAUUCAUUUAAAUAUCGUCAAAUUCUCGUAGACAUGUACAAAUUUUGGGAACUCUCACCAAAAGGUGGAUAUGGAAUCCUGAUUGCUAGAUACUUAAAAGUAUUGAUAGCUAAGCUAGAUUUUCAUAAAAAGAAUUCCUUUGUACCUGGGAACUUGAAUACAGUCAAAGAUGACAGAGUUCAGUAUGCCAGUACUGAUGUCAAUGACUAUUUUCAGCUGUCAGUAGAGGUGUUUGAUUACAUGGAUGCACUGAUUGAAUUAGAGAAAACAAUAUUUUCCACUUUGGACCGUUACCAUUCCAACUCUCAGAUAGCAGCUGUUCAAUGUAGAAUAUGUCCCUUUCCUGUUAUUGUGCAGGAAUGUUCAGGACUUUACGUCAUAUCUGUAGACCUCAUGUACCGGCUACAUUCAAGUCUACCUGUUGAUACUCUAGAUGGACACAGAGAGAGAUUCUAUGCACAUUUUAAAGAAUUAAAAAGUUUCUACUUCGAUGCUGGCAACAUGGCUUAUGUUAAAUCUUUAGUUGUGGUUCCAACAUUACCAGAGAAUCCACCAUCAUUCCUACCAACUGAUAGUAAAGGUGUGCUAAGGAGAAGUACCAGCUAUGAAGGCCCUAAGACAGAGAAAAUCCCUCUUCCUAGUCAAGAUCCUAAACGACAAAGCUUGAUGGAACCCCUUACUGUUGCCAUGUCAGAGCCAGUGGUUGAAACGAUGAUUGAUGAAAGUGACUUUUUUGGAUCAUCAUUGCAAGAUGGGCCACCGCCACCAGCUAGAUUUGAAAGGUAUUAUUGGCAGCUAUUUUAG